UUUGUGGUCCAAUAGUAUAGGCCCAUUGAAGGUGAUGUCCGGGCUCUCUUCACGAAGCAGCCCACUACUACUGCUACCUGAGUCCUGACUAUCCAAGACAGCAGCACCAACUAGUACUGGUACUACUACAUACAUUCCGUUCCCCCCAUCAAAAUCUGCCUUCGUCUUGCCUCAAAAUUUCCCCUUCCGAACUGCAAAAAGGCCACUUUUACUUGCAAUUCGAAGGGCGAGCCCAAUGAGCUUGUCGCUCCUCCAAGGUUAUUCUUCGGCAGAAGAAGAAGCACAAGAACAAGAACCCCACCAUGCUCAUCUCCAUUACCCUAACUCUUCCGACGACGAUGAUGAUGACGACGAAGACGAAGCUUCCGCCGCCCGUAACCAUUCGGUCCGCAGGAAGUCCUUCGUUGACCUCCCCCAACCCUCCUCUGUAUCCGGCCUUCCUUCCGCCCUCGAUGUAUUCUCCCAAGUUUCAGGACCGCCGGCAUUUCUGAACAAUAGCGUAGAGGAAUAUGGUUCCGCUAAAGAAGUGGAUCAGAAAGAAGUGAGGCGCGGCGGCCGCAGGAACCGCAAGGAGAAGAAAGACUUACCUACCGGUGCUGUGGUGGAGGCCAAAGCCCAACUAGUUGGAAUCCAUGAGCGAGUAAGAAGUGAUAUUGAGGGUAACCAACCUCCUGCAUCUUCAGCUUCAAGCACAAUGCAAGGAAGCAAGCGCAUGGCCACUGCAGCCAAUCCUAAUGCAGAGGAUGCUGCUGAGCUACUGAGGUGCUCAUCUUUGAAGACCAAAGAUGUCCAUGCAUGCACUCUGCACAAUGGUAUUCUAUCUUUAUCUGAGUGUGAAAUGUUUAUAUUUGUAGGAUGUGCUUGCAAUGUGGAAUUCCCAAGACUUACUCAAAUGCAAGAGGAAUGGUCUGCCCAGUUUGUGGCGAUCGCCCACCCGAUGAUGGUAGCAAUGAGCCCAAGAAGAAGGGGUCUGUCAUAAAAGACAAGGAGAAGAGUAAGAGGAUGAAAGGCCAAUCAUCUCAUGCCACAUGGAAAAGUGAAACAGAGAUGCAACUUCGCCAGCAGUUUGAUUAGCGGAUUUCAUUCUUUACAGAUUUCCUUGGCAUGGUCAAGCAUUUUUUAUGUUAUGAAGGUAGGUACACUCAUGUAAUCAAUGGUGUUCUACGGGCUAGCAGUUUGAUAGGCGAAGGUCAGGUCCAUCAGGGAAUGUGCAUGUACAAUAUAUCUCAGUUUUUGUUUUAGGAUGUCUCGUGCUUUUGCUUUCUUAGUUCCUUGUCUUUAUGCAUGUUCUCCCUAUUCUCGAAGUUUAAGGGAAGAUUACAUGGUCUUUCCUACCCGAGGAUGACGAAAUUCCAUCAUGCAUGACAAUUUGAAAGACUA